UGCCACUUCCGGCUGUGAUCUAGCGGAUGUCAGUCUCAUCUUAAAGCCACGGCUUUUAGCUCAUCACAGGCGGCACAGUCGAUCUUGUUGCUAUCAGCUGGGAUCCAUCUUGCUGUGUCUCACACGUUUUUGAAAACCGUUCUUUUAAAUUGACUGUUUUUAGAUUUGCAUAGAUCGACCAGAUGACAGAACGACAGCCGAAGCUAUAGCAUUUAAAAAUGGCAGCCGACGACUUUGACUACAAUAUCGUGUUUCCUGACGCGAGCACCUCAGAGAGACACUGGCAGGGGACAAAGGAGCCAGUUGUGAUCCUGCUGGGCUGGGCUGGCUGCAAAGACAAGCAUCUCUCCAAAUACAGCUCCAUCUACAGUGAGCAGGGAUGCGUCACCAUCCGUUACACAGCUCCUCUAAAAACUGUCUUCAUCUCUGAGUCUUUUGGCUACAAGGAGCUGAGCAACACGGCCUUGAAGCUGCUGGAGAUCCUCUACGACUAUGAGGUGGAGAAUUGCCCCGUUUUCUUCCACGUCUUCAGUAACGGGGGCUUCAUGCUGUACCGCUACAUCAUAGAGCUGCUGCAAAGCGACAAACAGUUCAGCUCGCUGUGCAUCAUCGGCGCCGUGGUAGACAGCGCCCCAGGUAGUGGGAACGUCCGAGGGGCCCUCCGCGCCCUGACGGCCACCCUCGGGCCUCAGAUCAGCCCUUUUAUAAGGUACACCCUCCUCACGCUUUUUGCGGUGAGCGUUUUCCUCUUGCGGGUGGCGUUGUACCCCUUGACCAAGUUCAUUCACAAGAACCACUACGAUGCAGUGCAGGACCGCCCCCCCCGCUGGUCUCACCUCUACCUGUACUCCGAGGCGGAUCAGGUGAUCCGGCACAGUGACAUUGAGCGCUUCAUGGACACUCUGAAGAGGAAGGGCGUCCCGGUGGACGGCUUCGAUUUUGUUUCCAGUCACCACGUCAGCCAUUUCCGGGAUUUCCCUCAGCAGUACACACUCAAGUGCCGCAGCUUUCUGGCUGCUUGCAUGAAGGACUUGAGAGGCCUGAACGAAAACACAGAUGACUGCAAAGAAGACGACUCUUGGAAAGGAAUUCACUGAGACAUCGGAAAUAGGAUUGUAAAAGUGUGCAAAACAUCUUUGCUUUAGAAGUACUGUGGAAUGUUGGCAGAUCUAUAAAGAUCCAGUCAGGUGAAAAUU